AUGAAAGUAUCUAUCAAGGAAGAAGAUGUGGUUAAUGAAAUAGCUUUUUGGAAAUCCUCUGUCGUGGGAUACGUGAUGGGUAAGAAGCCUUACUACCCUUAUUUUAAAGCUUUUGUGGCGAAGUAUUGGGCCAAAGAUUUCACUUUGGUUUACCUUAAAGAUGGAUUCUUCAUGGUCAGAUUUAAGAAUGGGGAAGAUGUUUCAAAGGUGCUAUCCCAAAUACACACCUUCGAGGGAAGACCUGUCAUUAUGAAGAGAUGGAAUAAGAAUGUCAAUCUACAAAAGGAAAUUCUUGAAACGGUUCCAGUGUGGCUGCGCAUACAUGAUUUACCAGUGCACUGUCAUAAUGAAAAAUCGGUGUCCAAGGUUUGCUCUUCGUUUUCUAAACCCAUUUACAUAGAUAAACCGGAGACUCAUACGGAUAAAGGAAUUUUUGUUAGGGUUAUGGUCGAAGUCGAAGUCACAGAAGACUCCAUGGCAAUAGAUAUACAUGGUGUAGAUUGUCAUGUUGAGUUUGAAUAUGAAUGGAAACCGGUGGUGUGUAAGUUGUGUCAACGAGUUGAUCAUAUUGAAAAUCGAUGUCCACUGAAGAUCACCCAACUUCAGCAAAAGCCUAAGAAAUCUACGGAGCAGUGGGUGGUUAAGAAGAAAGGAAAGUUGGUCGAAAUUGACAAUGCUAAUAAGGUUGUUGAUGUUUUGUCACAAAGAGAUGUUCAGACUGAAAAAGGGGUGGCAACGUCCAAUGCAUUUGCUAUUCUUGAAGUCAAGGAGGAUAUUCCUACUGAUAAUGUAGUUUCAGAUGAAGCUGUUUGUUUGGGAGAUCCUAAAGAACGUUCAUUUACUGAGAUAAUUGGAGAAGUGAGAGUUGAUAAUGAGGUUGUUCUUGACAGUCCCACAGGUAUUGAAUUUGAAUGUUCCAGAGUUGAAGAAACAGCAGCUCCUCUUAUUGGAGAAGUUGUGGAAAAAUAG